AUGUCUAGCACCACCGCCAUCGAGCCGGCUGCUGCCACCCUCAUGACCCUGCUCCGCGACCACGAGGUCCAUAGGUCCCGCGCCCCCCUCACCACUCCACAAUCUGCUCCGUCGUUGACCCCUCCUGUCGUGUUUGAGGCCCACACUCCAACGUGGCGAAGCGAUUACCGCCGCGUUCCGCCUUACCGCCCGCUUAAUCGGUCGCUCGAGCACCGAUCGCAGCGAACUGUGUACCAGAACGUAGGGGAACAGGCCUUCGUCAACGUCAUGCUGCACGGUGUUUGGCUGAAUUCGAACUUGGCACAUCUCUGGAGAGCAACGGGGGGGAAGUGGAAUGAUUCGCUUUUUAGGUACAAGAUUGGCGGCGAAUGGUAG